AUGAGGAGUAGUGUUCUAUGGCCUUUUAUGCUCCUCGGCGAAAGCCUGGUGCAAGGUCAAGUGGAGCCACAAGUUUCGCGAAGCGUUGAUGAGAUUUUGAGAGACUUACCGAGAGAAUGGGACCCCAUUUUGAGAUCAUCACUGGACAAAGAUGCCAUGCUCAAACAACCUUUCGAUGGAGUUCAAAUGACGAUUCCGAUGGAUUAUUACGAGCAAGAGCAAGAAAUACGGUACCAGCAUUUCUGGGAUUCACAAGCAAGUGAUUUGCAGCGAAAAGCGUACGAUGAGCUCGCGUUUGCCAGCGAUGCGUUUAAUGAUAGUGCAGCGACAUAUCAGCUCGCACAGAUCAACUUGUUGGGCCUGUUUGGUUUCCCGCACAACAAAAGCGUUGCAUUCGCAUAUAUGAACGAAUUUAACGAAAUGACGAAUUUUAGCAAUGCCAGUGCACUUUUCGAAGUCGGUGUAAUGCAUUCCACGGGAUUUUUUGGGCAACUCCCAGUAGACGACGCGCAGGCGCUGUUGUAUUAUGAGAGAGCUGCUGCUUUAGGUGAUAUUCGUGCCAAAAUGGCCCUCGCCUAUAGAAGCUUUUAUGGGAUUAGCGUACCGAGAGAUAGUGACCGUGCACACUUUCUGUACAGUUCAGUGGCCCAUGAAGUGCGGAAUCACUUCAAUGACACCCAGUGGUAUGUCUUUCCACCCUACGUGGAAUCUUACAACGUCAGAAUACCUGAUUUUAAUGGCGGACUUUUGGGCGAAAAACUCAAUACCAUGUUCACAUCAGCCAAACGCAAGCGGGCAGUACGUCCGGACAUAACUUCUUCUUUUCUGACAGCGCUGAGUAACGGCAACGUUGUACUUCGCUUCGGGGAGAGCCGGGACUCGAGUAAUUUCGAAGAUGACGACGAAGAGACCGAUAAUCAGAUAGUAGAUGCCUACUAUAUGGCCAUAGACAACUACAUGGGCACCUAUACGCAGUAUAGAAACGUUGACAUUGCAGCCGAGAUUCUGAAAAGCGCUCUUGAGGAAUACAAAGAUAGCACGCAUUUUUUAGACAAUCUGCAACGAUUUUAUUACGGGAAAUGCUGCGCGCUCCUUGGACGUAUUUAUCUGCGAGGCGAAGGAAGCGCUCCUACCGAUAUUCGACUUGCCAGAGAAUAUCUGGAGAAGGCACUUGAUUUAGCAGAAGAAGCGGGGAGUGUGGCGAUUGACGCCCAUACAGACCUGGGUAUCAUCGAGCACUAUUUCACGGGCAACUUGGAAAUUGCCAAAACUCAUUAUCUAGAGGUGACAAAGCACCAAGGUACAAAGGAAACUGAAACUGCCGAAUUCCAAAUGGCCGUUCUGCUUGGUGGUGGUGCGACCGAUGGCGCACCUGCCACUCAUGAGAGAUCAGGUGCUCUCAUGGGACAAACAAAACAGGGAGGCAGACUUACACAUUUGGAGAUCGCAGCCCUCAUGGGUAACACACCAGCUAUGUAUGAAUACUCGAGCCAUCAAGAGUCGGGUACAGGGAAGAAGGAAUACCUCGACUCUAUUCUGACGUUUAAAAACUUUUUGGAAAAAUGCGAGGACAAAGUGGCUCCUCAUCUUCGCGAAGCAUUUGCCAAUUUAUUGCGUGACAAAUCAGAGGUGGCUCUCUGGCAAUACGCCCUUGCUGCUGAGCAAGGUUUUGAAGCGGCCCAAAUCAAUGCCGCGUACCUACUAUACCAGCCACCGCUACAACUCGAGGAUCCGCCUCAUACGCCUGAAAGCAGGGCAAUGUUGGCGGUAAAGUAUUACACUAAUGCAUUUUCGCAGUCUAAUCGAGAUGCUGGUGUGGUUGCCGGGGAUAUUCUCUACAGGCUCGGCCAAUAUGAGCAGGCUGUAGCCGCAUACCGAAGUGCCGCAAAGAAGCGGUCUGCGCAAGGCAGCUGGAAUCUGGGAUAUAUGUACGAGUAUGGGCUUGGAGUCAAAGAAGACUAUCAUCUUGCCAAACGUUACUACGAGCAGGUUCCAAAUUUUAUUCUCGAUCGCUUCCAUUUAGGCGUUAAGCUGACUGUUUGGAAGCUGCGUGCCAAGUCGUGGUGGGCUCGGUUUCGAAACAAGGACGUUGACGGGUUGCCUUCUAAGGUACCAAAUACCACAUUUUUCAAUUUUAAAGCACUGUUUUCCAAACAGGCGGAAAUUGAAUCCGAAACUAGCGAAUUAAGCCGCACUGGUCUCCUUCAAGAUUUGAGGUCUACUCUAAUUGUCGUGCUUGCCGUCUUCAGAGAUACACUUUUACUCCUACUACGCAAGUGCGCUGCUUUAUUUAUAAAGGUGGACACACAGCCCACUGCAGAGCCUGAGCAUGACGAAUAA